AUGGCCGCUGGGCAAUUUGCUGGUGGGAUUGGGGGUGGCGGUGGUCCCCAACAACGUCAGCAAUACUUCGCUACGCGUCAAUCUAAAGUUGGAUUUCCUAUCUUUGCCGGCGAGGACUUAGCCGGAUGGAUCCUUCAUUGCGAUCAUUUUUUCGCGGUAGAUCUGACUCCUGAGGACUAUAAAGUCUGUCUAGCCGUGAUCAAUUUCGAAGGAAGAGCUCUUCAAUGGUUCCAAAACUGGUCCAAAUACCAGGAUCGAGCUAUGUCUACUCCGUGGCCGUUGUUUUUGCAAGCGCUUGAAGCUCGUUUUGGAGAUCAACUAUUGGGCGAUCCGAUGACCGAACUCCUCGCGCUCAAACAGACAGGUGCAUUUGCUGAAUAUCAUGAUCGUUUUGAACUGUUAUUGGGCCGUGUUUCCCUCUCUGAAUCGUAUGCGAUUAGUCACUUCAUUAAUGGCUUGAAACCGGUUGUUCAAAAGGCUGUGCGUAUGUUUAUGCCUCAAACCUUGGUUCAUGCGUAUGCUUUAGCUAGAUUACAAGACAUGUCUGCUCCUGUGAAAUAUAAUUUUACAUCUUGA